AUGGAGAAUAUAGAGACGCUGUUGGCUGCUGUGGCUCAGACGCAAGGGUUUGACGACGACGAGCCUGCUGUUAAAGCUGGUGCCGGGGGUGGGUUGGAGAAGUCCGAGGCUCCGGCGGUGGGUCGGGAUGGUUCCGGCGACGCGCGGCCGUCCGCGGCGGCGGAUGUGGCUCCUCCGGCUCCGAUUCUGGAGCCGGCGCCGCCUCCGUUGGCUGUGCCGGUGAUCGCCGCCGCCGUGGAGGGGAAGAAGAGAGGACGGCCGAAGGGGUAUCUGGCAGCAAAGCCCCCAGCCCCCAAGCGGACUAGGCCGGAGGACGAGGAGGAGGAUGUUUGCUUUAUCUGCUUCGAUGGGGGUUCUCUGGUACUUUGCGAUCGCAAGGGCUGUCCAAAGGCAUAUCAUCCAGCAUGCAUUAAGCGAGACGAAGCAUUUUUCCAGUCAAAAGCGAAGUGGAAUUGCGGGUGGCACAUAUGUAGUGUAUGUAGAAAAGCUUCCCAUUAUUUGUGCUACACAUGCACCUAUUCAUUGUGCAAAGGCUGUAUAAAAGAUGCAGAUUACGUGUGUGUCCGAGGAAACAAAGGAUUUUGCACGAUCUGCAUGAAAACAAUCAUGCUGAUUGAAGACAAAGACCGAGCAAAAGCUGAGUCGGUAGAUUUUGAUGACAUAACAAGCUGGGAGUAUCUCUUUAAGGUUUAUUGGGUAAUCUUAAAGGAGAAGUUGUCACUGACACUUGGUGAUUUGACUCGAGCUAAAAACCCCUGGAAAAGUGUGCCGACUAUAGUUCACAAGCCGGUGACUAGUAAUGAGGUUACUAGUGCAGUCAGUGUGGAUGUUCCCGUUUUACCAACCCGUUCAGAAAUUUUGGAGUUGAAACAGCUCGAAACAACUCCUCCACCAAGCACUGAGAUGAAUGUGGAGAAAACAAAUAAUGAUAUUGGCGAUCAUGUGCCAGCUCAUGAUAAAGACACCCCAAAACCAGUCAUGGAUGAAGUCAAAGGUGAGACGAGCAUCGAGAAAACGUCUGAUGAAGUCAAAGCUGAGAAGAGCAUUGAGAAAGCUUCUGAUGUUGCAUGCACUAAGGAAGCCGCUCAUGAAUCAGUGAUCAAGAAAGGUGAAGAGAAUAAUAAUACCCAAGUUACUGAGACGAGGUGCCUGUGCAAGAACACCACUGACAACAAAGAACCCGACAAGCAAGAAAUUCACAACACUAAUACCGAGUGGGCAACUAAGGAUUUAUUGGAGUUUGUUGCCCAUAUGAAAAACGGCGACACGUCACUUAUAUCUCAGUUUGACGUGCAGACACUGCUGCUCGACUACAUAAAGAAGAACAACCUGCGGGACCCACGUCGGAAGAGCCAGAUCGUGUGCGAUCAGAGGCUAAGAAACUUGUUCGGCAAGCCACGUGUAGGCCACAUUGAGAUGCUGAAACUUCUCGAGUUUCACUUUCUCGUCAAGGAAGACUCGAAGAAGGAUUGUUUUAUUCCGGCAGGGCUUGUUAGUAGUUCGCAUGCUCCUGAGGUGGAGGUUGGUGGGGAUACUCACGGAGUGCAAGUGGUGGCAAACAGUAGAAAGCGGAAAGCAUGUAAAAAGAGUGACCAGAGAGCACCACAACAACAGAAAAACUUGGACGAAUACGCGGCAAUUGACGCUCACAACAUGAACUUGGUCUAUUUGAGGUGUAAAUUUAUGGAGAAUCUUCUUGAUGGUUGUGAGAACUUCAGCGAUAAGGUUAUCGGUUCUAUUGUGAGGAUUAGAAUAUCGAGUAAUGAUCAGAAGCCAGAAAUACACCGGCUCGUCCGGGUAGUAGGGACUACUAAGGUUGACGAGCCGUAUAAAGUUGGCGGCAGGACAGCAGAUUUCAUGCUUGAAGUUUUAAACUUAGACAAGAAAGAAGUUGUAUCAAUUAAUGCCGUUUCGGAUCAAGACUUUACAGAGGAUGAAUGCAAACGGCUACGUCAAAGUAUAAGAUGCGGGCUUGUGAAACACUAUACUGUUGGUGAGAUACAAAAUAAAGCUUUGAUUCUCCAACCUGUAAGGGUCGAUGAUUUGCUGGAGGCAGAGAUAUCGCGGUUAAAUCAUUUAAGAGAUCGAGCUAGCGAGAAUGGACGCAAGAAAGAAUAUCCUUUGCUUAAAAACACUUCCUUUAUAGAGCAUGUCAACAAAUUGCAACUGCUAAAGUCACCCGAAGAGCGCAAUCGAAGAAUUUCCGAAAUCCCAGAGGUUCACGUUGACCCAACAAUGAAUCCAGAUUAUGAAUCGGAAGAAGAUGCCGGAAGUGGCAACAUUAUUAGUAAAGCAGAAGAACAUGGAAAACCAAGCUACUCGGAUUGUCCUCCAAAUGGAAGGAAGCCUAUUUCUCCAAGGAAAAAAGAUAAAGAAGAAAGGACAUACCAGACAUGGAAUAGAGUGAUAAAGAAAAUCAAGGCAGGCGGAUCGAGUAGUUCGGACAAAGACGCAAAUCAUGUAAAUAUUACUAACUCAGCUACCGGUAGUAAAACUGAUGAAGUCAUCCAAAGUUCUGGAUUAGAGAACUCAACAGUGACUGCCUCAGUGGGAAAUUCACCAUCGUCCAGUAUAAUAGAAACCGAGAAAUUAUGGCACUAUCGAGAUCCUAACAGUAAGAUUCAGGGACCAUUUUCCAUGAUUCAGCUGAGAAAAUGGAGCACAACUGGAUUGUUUCCACCUGACAUGAGAAUAUGGACGAAUCACGAGCAGUACGACUCAUUGCUUCUCACAGAUGCCCUGAACGGGAAAUUCCACUUGGCCUCAGAUUCAUCAAAUUCUGGCAUGCGGCAAGAGGAAGUUGCGCCAGGAGAAGUUGAGGUUCCAAGUGAGGGUACAAAUGGCAGCAGUGGAGGAGAUAGUGAACAAACAGAGCCACCAACCUUGGCUACUAAUAAUACAUCCGAAAACAAUACUGAGCCCGUAAAGGAAGAUGCAUCUGGCUCAUGGCCACAGUGUUGGGAUUUGCUCAAGGAUAACAAUGAUAGUUCUGAAGUCCACAACGAUGCCAAGGCACAUGAUUUGCUUCCUUCAUCUAGUCUUGAGAAUACACAACCUGUUGUCCUGCAAGAUCAGUGCCAGGAGAAUGAAAAUGGAGAAAAAAGCUCAACUGGGCCCACUGAAAGCCCAAUCACCAUUGUGCAGGACCUUCAAAAUCAAUCCAAGAACGAUGAAUGCGUGGGGCCCAUACCUUCAGAAUUCUUAAAAUCUCUGACCAUUGACCUGGGAUUGGAGGAUGACAUCGAAAACGAGCCUGUCUGUGCCCCCCCUGAUCCGGAUAAUAAACACAAUGCUAGCAUACCUCUCUCAGAUCUACUACUUAGCCCUGCUACGUCGAAGCCAGCCGAAAUCCAGCCGGAUGUCCCCAUCCACAACUUCGAAAUUCUGGAGCUGCUCAGCCCAACACCAAGGCCCAACACCGAGGACCAUGCGCUUCAGCCGUCAGCCGAGACCAAAUUCGUGAAUUUCCCCGACCUGAACCCGGCCCAAGUCUGGAGCAACCCAUCUGGGCUGGGCCCGGGCGAGGUCCAGCUCCCGGGGGUUGACAAUGACUGGUUCGGGUAUUCACCCGCUCCUCCCCCAAAACCCCCCACCGCGGAUGCUGGCCCAUCCGCCGCCCCCCCAAACAACUGGCUGACAAUAAGCGAAACGAUCGAGUUCGACUCUCUCGGCGAGGAAUACGUGUCUGAUUUACUAGCUGAGGUGGACGCCAUGGAGUCGCAGCAGCAGGGCACGGCCCGCGUCCCGUCCCCAACCGCUGCCAUCAAGUUCGCCCGAGAGCUGAUGGAGGAUUGCAGGGAUGAUGACUGCUUCAGCUCUAUCGAGGAGUUCAGCCGCCGGAGCGACGCCCUGAGCUCGACAACCGGCGGCGGGUGCGGUGGGUUUCCGGUCACGUCCGGGCACACACCACCGGCCCUGGCACCACCCAAGCCUGCGGUCAGCACGUUCGAUUUUCUGACGAGGUCGAGUGUGCACUCGUCGGCGAGCAGCGAGGGGGAGACGAUGAACAACUUCGGCGGCGUGGGCCCCACUUGCUCGGGAGAUGCCGGGUCGGAGUUCCACCCGCCUGCGGCGCCACAAUAUGAAGUUGGUCCACCUGGGCCAGUGGCUGACGGGGCAGAUCCCGGUUGGGGGGCAGUGCAGGGGAACAUCAAUUUGGUGACGGUGCAAGGGAAUGUGAAUUUAGUACUGGGUGGGCCUGCAGGGCUUGGAGGCGGUGGCGCCCGGUUACUCAGACUGCCGAUUUGUGGGGUUCGUGAGAAAAGAUGGUGGGCUUAUAAUACUGAUGGGAAGGUGAUGUGCGUGAAGAAGAAUGGCGAACAGGUCGAGUUCUAA